ACCCUGGUGGUGAGUGCCAGCAAGCCAAGUCCCACGGCCCACCUUCACGCUUCUCUCUUCACCGGUUCACCUUCGCGAAGAGACGGAGACACGCACAGGCUCACUCACUCACACUGGUUAGUCGCUGUUGCUCUCGCUCUCGCUCAAUUCGGCAAAGGCUCUUACUUUAGUUCAGAUUCAGAUUUCAGAGUUCAACACCUCAACGUUCAGGGCUUCAUUUUUCUGCUGCGUUUGAUUUGCUAUACUUUGCGUUCUCGUUCAUCUAUGCUCAGAUUCAGAUCUUCAGUCUCCUUCAUACGUCGGCGUCGUCGUCUUUCUGAUUUCUACCGUGAAAGCUGGCCCUGUAAGGCGGAUUCCUCUGUGCUCCAUUCUGGAAAAGUUCUUGAGAUAUUGAUGGACGAACGUACUUCUUAGCCACAUAUUUGUACUGAAACAUGAAUGAAAUACAAGUGAGAUAUCAUGGGGUUUUGCCUCUGUGAAGAACUUGAAGGCAUAUCUUAAGAGAAUGAUGCAGCCAAGAACGAAAACAAACAUGUUAGUUCACAAAGCAAUCAUGGGGUUUUGCACAAUCACUUGCCCACGCUUAGUUCAUUAUACCAAGCUCAUAUCUUCUCACAUCAACCAAGCUCGGCAUGACCAAGCCCUAGCUAUUUUCCACCAUAUCCAAACCUCCCUAGCAAUGCCUCUUGAUCCCCAUGUCUUCUCUCUCAUCCUCAAGUCCUGCACUGCCAUUAACCAUCCACAACUUGGUGUUGCAAUUCAUGCUUACGUCACCAAAGUUUCUUUCAUAUCAAAUCCUUUCAUUGCAAGCACUCUGAUUGACUUUUAUGGGAAGUGUGCCUCACUCUCUAUAGCACGUCAAGUGUUUGAUGAAAUUCCCAACAGAAAUGACGUUGUUUGGAAUACAAUGAUAUCCCUUUAUACACAUUCUAAUGAUGUAGCUAGCGCUUUACAACUGUUUGAUGUCAUGGAUAUUAUGCCCAAUGAAUCUAUUUUUAAUUCAAUUAUAGCUGGCUUGGCAAGAUUAGACGGUGGAUCAUUUGAGGCCAUUGCAUUCUAUCGACGAAUGCACCGACUGGGGUUGAAACCUCGAUUAAUAACACUUCUUUCUCUACUGCCAGCUUCUGUAGGUGUAGCAGCUCUGAAUUUGAUAAAGGAGAUCCAUGGUUAUGCAAUAAGGAAUGGCAUUGACCCACAUCCUCAAUUGAGUAGUGGUCUAGUGGAGGCAUAUUGGAGAUGUGGUUGCCUCUUUAAUGCACACUCCAUAUUUUGGAGCAUGAAGGAAAAAGAUGUAGUUGCUUGGAGCAACAUAAUAUCAGCAUAUGCACUUCACGGUGAUGCAAAAUCUGCCCUAGAAAUGCUCCAUCAAAUGGAAUUGGCACAUGUGAAGCCUGAUGAUAUCACGUUUCUUGUAGUAUUGAAAGCUUGUAGCCAUGCAGGGUUAGCUGAUGAAGCAUCUUAUUAUUUUAAGAGAAUGUGUGAAUGUUAUGACAUUGAAGCAAAUAGUGAUCACUACUCUUGUUUAAUUGAUGUUUUGAGUAGAGCAGGAAGGUUAUAUGAGGCAUAUGAGGUUAUUCGAGAGAUGCCAGUGAAGGUGACUGCAAAAGCGUGGGGUGCUCUUCUUGGGGCUUGUCGAACUUAUGGAGAGGUGGAGUUGGCAGAGAUAGCAGGAAGAGCUUUGUCAGAGGUUGAGCCAGAUAAUGCUGCCAAUUAUGUUUUGUUGGCAAAAAUUUAUGCUAGUGUGGGGAGACAUGAGGAAGCUGAGAGAAUGAGAAGGAAAAUGAAUGAGCGAGGAGUACAGGCAGCAAUUGGCAGUAGCUGGGUUUUAGAUUCAGAGUGAUGACAUUUAUGUUCAUUAUUCCUAUUGGCCAUCCCCCCCCCCCUCUUUUUUUUACAUUGUUUAUGCCCAGAAUGACAACUUGCGCAAGGCAUAUGUUGGGAGGGAGAGGGGUAUUGUUUGAAGGCCAGCAUUCUACCUUGUCAAGCCUGGUAAGUAUUUACAUCAAGAGGGUUUUGUAGGCCAACGUUCGAUCUUCAUUUAAAUAGAUUAAUCUAAAUAUAUGAAAAUGUUAAAGCCUCCUAGCUUCGAAGAUGAUGUUUUAUCAUGGAGUUUAACUACGAAUGGUACGUUUUCGAUUAGUUCUUCUUACUUCUUGAUUGAGGACUGUGGUACUUCCCCUUUUAACAAAAAGUAACUGGAGUCGGUGCUUGACUAGAUGUAAUUGGUGCAAUAAUCAAGGGGAGGAUCUGCUCCAUGUUUUGAGAGAAUAUCGCUAUUCAAGAGAAAUGUGGCAGUUGAUGAUUAAACAAAGCGUUGCUAGAGCUUUCUUCAAUUCAAAUCUUCAAGAUUGGAUCUACUUGAAUCUCACUAGUAAGCUUGCAAGGAAUUCUGAUAUUCAGUGGGAUAUUUGGUGGUAGCAGUGUGGAAGCUUUGGAAUUGGAGGAAUCAGUUCUUACAUCUUGACACCUUUGCUAAGCCAUGGAAAGAAAGAAUGUUAAGUGGGAACCGGCACCUGUUAAUUGGCUACGUUGGGAACUUCUGGUUUAUCUGCAUGUGGGGGUGUAAUGCGAAAUUGCUCUGGAGAAAUGGGUUGCUGGUUUCAAUUUUUCUUUGGGUAUUUGUCAACCUCAAGAUGCUGAGGAAUGGGCCAUCCUUAACGGCGUUGAUGUAGCUUGGAAUUUGGGCUUUCGGUCACUCAUUAUUGAGCCUGAUUCUAAGGCCACAAUGGACAAGUUAAAUGAGUCAAGAGGUCACUCAAGUGAUAGUUCAGUUAUGCAGGAAAUCGAGAGAUUGAAGGAGAGGAAUUGGCAGCUGAAAUUCCAUUAUGCUCCUAGGGCAUCAACAAGGUAGCUGAUAGUAUUGCUAAAGCAAGCCUCGCAAUGAGUAAUAGGUUUCAAUUUUUGUAUAGAGCCCCGGAUUCUCUGGUGGCAUUAUUGCAGAGCAUGAUGUAAUCGGAUUAGAAUCCCCCUCGUCUUCUUUAUUUGAGUCCUAGGGAAUUUUCCCUUCUCUUGUGAAAAAGGGGGAAAAAAAAAGGUUAUUCAUAGAGGAAAGUGAAUAAUAAUUCCAUAAUAUCAAUUUAUUCUAUUUACUA